AUGGCGGAUGCCGUGCCACCCAAUCAUACGACGACCUCUGGCUGUCAAUCCAGUCCAGAUGACGCUAUUGCGACCCGGACGAUGACCGGGGCCGCCGCACGGAUCCCUUCCCUGCAGUCGAUUCUCCAUCACUCGGGAGUUGAAGAUCCAUCAACCUGUGGCAGCAAGGUUGGACAGUCAGGUACCUCAUUCUCUUGGUGGUGGAGACUAGUGAUGGAGAUCUGCUGGGCACUCAGCCUUGGUGGUCACUGUGUCCAUGUCGUCAUGGUUGCGGCACUCUUAUCCUGA